AUGUCUUCAACUGCACAAGGCCUUCCGCAUGAUAUCCUCCAUGAGUUGUUCGAACAUCUUGCAGUCGUCGACCCCGUGGGUCCUCUGAGGACCGCAACUCUCUCUUGCUCCUUGGGAUGGAUCACCGCCACGCAUGUAUGCGCUCGCUGGCGUGAAGUCGGUCUCGGUUUGGCCACUCUAUGGGCGAAUGUUGUCUGUGCGUUCCCAAGCAUGGAAAUCGCGGACGAGUUGCUCCUGCGCGCGCGCGAUUGUCCGUUGAACAUCGCAGUGGGCCAUCUCGAUGAUGAACCGGAAUACGACACCCGCGAUACCUGUAUCUAUAUAAGCUGGGGUCUACAGCACAUAGAGAGGGCCGACACCUUCCGUUGCGAUAUGGGUCGAUGGUCGACCUUCAGACAUGAUCACCCGGCGGCGUAUGCGGCUCUCACGAGUGCGCUUCCCCACUGCUUGAAACAUCUCUAUCUUGUCUGCGAAGACAUCCGCAGAGAUAUGCCCCUACCUCUUAUACAACUCCUAUCUUCAGUUCUCUUAACGGCCUCAUUUCGCAACAUUCUGCCGGAUCCGUCCUGCAACUUGAAUGCUCUGCGUAGCCUCGCUUUGGAUGUCGAGUCGGUGGCGCCCCUCCCUCCGAUUUUGGCGGCGCUGCGCAGAUUGGAUAACCUAGAGGAUCUGCAGUUGACCUCUAGAAGCUAUUUUGCUACACUCGUCUUUGACUAUGAAGUCGUGCAGCUGAAACGCUUGAAGGUCUUACACGCAUUGUGUAACAACGAGCAGCACGCGGCGGACGUGCUCGAAUGCAUCUCCGCGCCUACCGUCUUCGAGAUUUCGGUUGAGCUUGACGAGAGAUUGUGUCAGGAGCAGACACUCGCCAAAGCAUUCGCGCGUUAUCAGGAGCGAUCACCACGUAGUGGCUCGAUAUCUAUCUCAGAGAGCGCUCUGGAGAUGGAAAGCGAUGAGCCAGAUCGUACUAGACUCGGGCUUAGCUGGUCGCCCCGGGCGUUUAAGACAAGAAGCAAUGGCCUCGACUUGCGCUAUACGGCGAUACUUUUGGCUCUUCCCGUCCAUUCCGAUCUAUCUCGCUUUACGCGUUGCCGACUAUGGUGUCCUGAUCGUGAGAUCGAGAUCGAAAAGGUUGAUGCGGCGCUGAUUGCGCUCCGAAAUGCGCUGAGUUGCGUCCGGAGUCUUACACUUUCCAACGCCACAGAUCCGACAAAUCUGAGGACGCUAUUUGACACAAGCGAUGGCGACGGCGGAGAGCUAGUACCAUUACCUUUUCCAUCGCUAGAAACGCUCUGCUUUGGGGGAGGUCAUGGGAGUCCGUAUCAUGUUGCGGCCGGAACACAGUCUUCGACCCGUCGAGAAGGACCUGCGCCAUCGUGGUGGAUAGUCCUGCAAGAUCUUCUCUUACGCCGUUCUCAAAGAGGAGCUCCUUUAAGAUGCUUGCGUCUCGAGGGGAAGUGGUGUGAGCACGAAUCAUGGGCGGAUGAGGGUUUGAGUGAGGAUUUCCUGACCCGGGGUUUGGUGUCGGAGUUCACGGACAAGCGGGAGUAUAUCCUCAAUUAUAGCUCUUGUAAGAGAUAA